UCUUCACCUCGUCCACCUGCCGCCUAUCUGCUGGCCAGUACGGGUGCUUCGGGACCCUGUGCACCGCCCGAGCCGACUCGCGCCGCCCCGUGCGACCCUCGACCCUCGCCCACGCUCCCCUCGCGCCUCACUCAACCCCGCACGUCCAGAUGGCGUCGUCGAGUUCUGCGCACCCUCCCUCUGCGUCGGCCCCGCGGCAGUCGGUGACACGGUCCAUGUCGCGGCGGUCGCUCGCCCCCGCCGCCGACGGGCUCGCCAACUCGUUCGACCAGCAGGCCGACGCCCUCAGCCGUCCACGCCUGCCGACCAAGACGCCGCCUCGAGCCGGCCUCCCCCGUUCCCGCACCGCCGCCGACCUCGCCCCGGCCACGUCGCUCCCCCGCGCACGCUCCACCACAAGCAUCGCCGCGCGCAGCUCCGUCCCCGCCGCCAAGCUCGCCACCUCUCAGAUCACCACGAGCAGGUCCCGGCGCGUCCUCGCCGAGUCGAACACGGUCGGCUCUUCGUCCACCCGCACCGCCUCGUCAACCUCGACCUCGUCCUCAUUCGCCACGGCGGCGGCCACGGCCAGCUCGCGCACCCUGUCGGCGACGAGUACCACGUCGACGUCGAGGCGCUACAGCCGUGUCGAGGCGAGCCGGAUGACGGGCAUGGGCGUCGUCCGCACCGGGCCUCCUGUGCAGGGCCAGCGCCACAGCCCGCGCAAGUCGACGUCGUCGAGCGCGCUCGCCCGUGACGCCGUCGCCGGAACCAGCGGCACCUCUCGCCUGUCCCUCGGCGUCGACAACCGCCGCGAGCGCGAGGUCAAGCCGCUGCCGCGCUCGGCGAGCGCAACCCGGGUCAGCGGGCCGUCCAGCGCCCCGAGCGGGACCGAGGCCGCCCUGCGCACGCUCUCCGAGGAGCCGACUAUCCAGGAGAGCUUCGACGAGAUGAUGGCCUCGACGCACGUCGCCGGCCUCGCCUCGCCGGCCAAGCGCGGCGUCGUCGGGUCGGUCGCGAUGGUCCGGUCGCCGGCGGCGCGCCCGCCGGGCCUCUUCGGCGGCGGUCGCUCGCCCUCGAUGGACAUCGACGGCAGCGCGCGCUCGGCGCCCAUCGCGAGCUCGUCGUCGCGGCACCUCGCCGUCCCACGCUCGUCGCCCGUCCGCGGCGCACUCUCGCCGCGUGCGCUCACGGGCCGCACUGCCCUCACGCGCAAGCUCGACGAGAUCGAGUCGGACUCGGAGGAGGACGACAUCGACUUCCUCAGCCCGCGCAAGAAGACGGCCAAGCGCGUCCACCUCUCGGCAUCGUCGCCCGCCGCGCCCGGCCCGGUGUCGCCCGCCCGCCCCGUCACGCGUCUCGAGCCCGAGCAGCUCGAGGACGACGACGUUACGAUCCAUGCGCCGGUCCUGCCGCGCAGCCCGCCGAAGCGCGGCAUCGAGCCGCAGCAGCGCCCGAUCUUCACCGACGCCGCCUCGGUCCCCAUGAUGCGCGGCGGCAGGACCUUCCCGCUCCCGAGCCUGACGGCGCCGACCUCGUCCGCCAGGCCGACGCUACGCAGCACCUACGGCGCCUCGAUGGCGUCGUCCUCGGCGAUGCUGCCGCCGCUCGUCAUGCCGCGCUCGAGGGCGCCGCCGCCUGUCGUCGACCAGAACGACCGCGGUCUCGGCUCGGCGUCGGCCUCGAGUGGCUUCCGUCCGCUCCGCCUCACGAGCUCGGCGGUGUCGGCCGCGACGAGCGGGAGCGCCAGCACGGGCGCAGGCUCGAGCGGCAGCCGCCUCCCUCGUCCUCAGCGCGUGUCGCUCCCCGCGCCUGCGCUCGUUCCUGUCGAGCCUCGCCCGCACGACAUCCUCGGCGUCCCGUCGGCGCCCGAGCCGUCCGUCGGCGAGGACGUCUCGAUGGCUGUCGAGGACGGCGCCUCGACCGUCGACGCCGACACCUCGAUGUGCUCGGCCGCCGAC